AACAAAAUAUUACCGAACAAAAUAUUACCGAACAAAAUAUUACCGAACAAAAAAAAAUAUUACAGAACAAAAAUUCUCAAUAUUUUGCAAUGAAAUAUAUUUUCUUGUUUAUCAUUCUUAUUUGUACCAUCCAUGGUCUGACAGUUCAUGCAUUGCCUCUCCAUGAGGUUAGAUCUAGUCUUCUCAUGAAACGUUGUACACCUGGUGGCUUCAAUAGAGAUUGUGGUUAUGAUGAAGUAUGUGAAACUGAUUUUGAUUGCGCGUAUGGUCUUUAUUGUAGUGCCCUUACUGACUCAUGCUAUUGACUAAUGAAGUUUGGUCACUUUGAAUUUUUGAGUUAAAUUAUUUAUUAGUGAAUGUAUUAGUUAUUUUAUUUUUUCGCUGUAAAGAAAUUACAUCUAUAAUUUUUUUUAAUUAAUAAAUAUUUCUAUCAUGCAAAUAUUGCAUUCUUGA